AAAAUCGUGACACAGUAGAAAUACAGGUUGAAUAGUUAUAAUCGUAUUCAUUCAAUAAGUUCUAAAUACCUAGUUCAAGGUUUAAGAUGAAUAUAACAUCAGCGGCUGGGAUAAUAUCCCUUCUCGACGAACAAAGUGUCGAAUUAAAAUCUUUCGCCCUGAAGAAGCUUAACACCGUUGUGGAUGAGUUUUGGCCGGAAAUCUCUGAGGUCAUCGAGAAAAUUGAAAUCCUAUACGAAGAUAAAAACUUCGAUGAUCACGAGCUAGCGGCUUUAGUGGCAAGUAAAGUUUAUUACCAUUUAGGUUCGUUUGAUGAUUCGCUUAUUUAUGCCUUGGGAGCAAGAAAUUUAUUUGAUGUUAAUUCACGUACAGAAUACGUUGAAACAAUUUUAUCAAAAUGCAUCGAUUUUUAUAUUCAACAACGCGUCGCUCUUGUCGAAAACAGCCCAAAAGCCAAACCUAUUGAUCCUCGAUUGGAAGGCGUUGUUAAUAGGAUGUUUGAAAGAUGUCUCGAAGAUGGCCAAUAUUGUCAAGCUGUCGGUUUAGCUUUAGAGACCAGGAGGAUGGAUAUUUUUGAGGUAGCUGUUACUCAAUCCGAUGAUGUGGUUGGAAUGUUAAAUUAUGCUUUUGAUGUAACAUUAAAUUUAAUACCAAACUUAAAGUUUAGAAAUACUGUAUUACGUUGUCUGGUUAAUUUAUAUCAAGGGUUAGAAACUCCCGAUUAUGUUAAUAUGUGUCAAUGUUUUAUAUUUUUGGAUGAUGCUGCAUCUGUAGCUUCAAUCCUUGAUAAAUUAAUUCAAGAGAAAGAACAAAGUAAAUUAAUGGCUUAUCAAAUUAGCUUUGAUCUGUACGAAUCUGCUACACAACAAUAUCUUGAAAGAGUUUUUAACACUUUAAGAUCUAACGCUCCUUUACAAUGUUUUGCCGAUGAAAAAAAAGUAGAAAAAACUGAAUCCGCUGCUGGUGAUGCCGAUAGUAAGGAAACUAAAGAUAAACCUUCCAUUGAAUCAUUAACUGAAGAACAAAAAGAGCGUCAAAAAAACUUGGAUCAACUCUACAACAUAUUAUCCGGUAAAGUAACUUUAGAGUUACAUCUUCAAUUUCUUGUUCGUAGCAAUCACGCCGAUUUGCUCGUUUUAAAAUACGCUAAAGAAGCGAGUAGAGUUAAUAUUUGUCACACUGCGACCAUCAUUUCGAACGCUUACAUGCACAGCGGUACUACAAGUGAUCAAUUCUUAAGGGAUAACCUCGAAUGGUUAACGCGCGCCACAAAUUGGGCUAAAUUCACCGCCGUUGCAUCCCUUGGUGUCAUCCAUCGUGGUCACGAACAAGAGGCUUUAUCUCUCCUUCAAAGUUAUUUACCUAAAGAUGUUGGGGCAAAUUCUGGUUACUCCGAAGGUGGUGCGUUGUAUGCUCUGGGGUUAAUCCACGCAAAUCACGGCGCGAAUAUAUCCGAUUACUUAUUAAAUCAACUUAAGGAGGCUAAAAAUGAAAUUAUAAGACACGGAUGUUGUUUGGGUCUUGGUUUGGCCACGAUGGGUACUAAUCGUCAAGAUGUUUACGAACAAUUAAAGUUUAAUCUUUAUCAAGAUGACGCUGUAACUGGGGAGGCUGCUGGAAUUGGAAUGGGUUUGGUUAUGUUGGGAUCAAAAAACACUUCGGUCAUUGAAGAUAUGGUUUCGUACGCGCAGGAAAGUCAACACGAAAAAAUUCUGCGCGGAUUAGCUUUGGGAAUAUCGUUCAUUAUGUAUGGAAGACUUGAAGAAGCUGAUACUUUAAUUGAUGAACUUUUAGAUAGUAAAAAUCCCAUAUUUAGAAGAGCUGGGGCUUUUACUAUUGCCAUGGCUUAUUGUGGAACCGCUCAAAAUAAAGCUAUAAGAAAGCUUUUACAUAUCGCCGUUUCUGACGUCAACGACGACGUUCGUCGCGCUGCUGUAACAUCGUUAGGAUUUCUCCUUUUUAGCACUCCGGAACAAUGCCCGAGCGUUGUUUCUUUAUUAGCAGAAAGCUACAACCCUCAUGUACGUUAUGGAGCUGCUAUGGCUUUGGGAAUCGCUUGCGCUGGUACCGGUUUACGAGAAGCAAUCGCCAUUUUGGAACCGAUGAUCAAAUUCGAUUCAGUCAAUUUCGUUCGUCAAGGAGCUUUGAUCGCCACGGCAAUGAUUUUAAUCCAACAAAACGAACAAACUUGCCCUAAAGUGCCGCUAUUUAGACGUUACUACUACGAACUGACCACCAACAAACACGAAGACGUCAUGACUAAAUUCGGAGCUAUUUUAGCCCAAGGAAUCAUUGAUGCUGGUGGAAGAAACGUAACGCUUUCAUUACAAUCUCGAACCGGCCACACCAACAUGUUAGCUGUGGUUGGUACCCAUAUUUUCACCCAGUAUUGGUAUUGGUUCCCAUUAACUCAUUGUUUAUCUCUUGCUUUUACCCCCUCCUGCGUUAUUGCUUUAAACGCCGACUUAAAGAUGCCUAAAUUGGACUUCAAAUCCAAUGUUAAGCCGAGCAUGUUUGCUUAUCCGCCACCAUUAGAAGAGAAGAAACGCGAGGAACGUGAAAAGAUUUCGACGGUAGUUUUGAGUAGCGUUGCAAGGCAACGUAAACGCGAUAAUGAGAAAAAGCAGCAUCAUAAAGUCGAAGAGAUGAAAGUGGACGAAGAAAAGAAGAAGGAAGAACCGAAAAAGAAAGAACCGGAACCAACGUCCGAGACAUUAAAUAAUCCGGCUAGAGCGUUAAGGGGGCAAUUAAAGUAUGUUAGUAUCGUUGAAGGUUGUCAAUAUGUUCCAAUGAAAGAUGUUUCGAUUGGCGGAAUUAUUAUGGUUCGCAAUACAAAACCUGGCGAAGAAGAAAUAGUUGAGUCUGUUUCUGUUAUGGGCCCGAAAGUUGCUGAAGAAAACGAACCUGAACCGCCAGAACCAUUUGAAUGGACUGAUGAUUAAACGAUGUACUUUUUAAUUCUUACUAACUACUAUGUAUUCAAUGCUUUUUUUGAAAUUUAAAUAAACAUGUUUUUAAUCAUC